AUGACGCACGUUCUCGAACAAGGUGUUCCUCUGGGCCAAACCAUCGUUCCUCAGUCCAACGGGCUACCUCCCGAGGAGGACGAACACUCCGCAAAACUGUCGGCAUGGGCGGAUAAAUAUCGCGGUGCCACUGUUGCAGACCUAGACCUUCCACCUGCGCUGUCCACGUCUCCAAGCACCUCGCUGGCAGAAGCGAUGCUAUCCGCCUCUUCUCACGACUAUUCCCAUCUCACGGUGCUGUCGGAAAACACGCGGUCUCUUUUAGGUUACUUGCCCAUCUCGAAACUCAAGCACCUUUUCGAAUCCAAGCAACUGCAACCCUCAGAUCCCGUCUCGAAAGCCGUGGUGAGAUUCCAGCGCCGGGGAGAGAAAAGAUAUCAGGUCAUCACAAUGGAGACAGAGCUGUGGGAACUCGAAGGUUUUUUCGAGAAUAUCGGGCCGUUGGCGACUGGUGAACUUCAAGAUUUCGCGGUGGUCACCGAUGGAGGCAGGAAGUUCGUGCUCGGCGUCGUUACCAGAAGCGACUUGGAGGAGUUUGUGAAACGAAGACCAGCUUGA